AUGGCCCCUCCGUGGGUCUUGCUCGAUCGCAGAGUGAGUUUCGUGCGCAGCGGACCUGCGGUAAUCGACGGCUCCUGGGAUUAUGACGAUCUUUUGGCGGCAAGGGAUGCGGACAUGAAGAACAUGAAGCCCAAUCUGCACAUCGCCGACCCCCCGGAAGUAAGCCGCCUAUCCAUGGUGCGGCAGAUGGAUGUGAAAAAUGUACGCUGCGGCAUAAUCUCCUGCACCGACAAAGCCCUCGUCCUCCUCUUCGCCGGCCUCCCUGGGCUCCACAAGGGCUACCUGGUCUACGACGCCUCCAGCAAGUCCAUCUCAUGGAUCCCCAGCCUUCCCGGUUCCCUCAACUGCAUGCUCCGGGCUGCCAUCCUCAGCCUCGGGAAGGGUUCCUACCUUCUCGCAGAGCUCGUUCGUGGUCCGGAGUUGGGCCUUGUCACGCUCUACCAGUGGCGGUCAACCAGCAACACGCGCCGGGGCCGGUGGAUCAGGAGUGCGGCUCGCCCUCCUCCUCAUCUCUUCAUGACCCACUCAUUCCACAUCGACAUGGUGUUCUCGUAUGGAAGCUCUUCUGUCUGCUGGGUCGAUCUCCUCCGAGGCGUCCUCAUCUGUGACCUGCUGAAAUCACCGGAGCCAGAGUUUACAUUUGUUCCAUUACCCUUGGGCUACUGCAUUGAUGUCCCCAGUGAACCCCGCCAAGGUCGGCCGCGUCCAAAAGAGUUUCGCACAAUGGGCUGCGUUGGUGGAGUCAUCAAGUUUGUCACGGUGGUUGGUUACUACGGAAAUCAUAGCCACGAUGACAUGCUGCUGAAAACCUGGACUCUCUCACCCGACCACAAGGAGUGGGAGUUGUGCAACACACUAGCUGUGCCUCAUCUUUGGGCAAGCGAUAGCUUUCGCGAGAGAAAUCUGCCACAGAUUAGACCCUCUUUCCCUAUUAUCAGUCCAGAUGAUGCUGAAAUCGUUAAUGUCACGCUGAGUGAUAUCGAAUAUGAGAAGAAGGUCGACUUUUUUGGAGUGGUUCACCGGGGCCGAAUGUUGCUCAAAGCCCAAUACUUGGUCUCCAUCAACACAGUGAAAAACAAGGUUCUCUCUUCCUGCAAACUAACUCAUGAAUAUCCAAGACCAAAAUUUCUUGAUCUCACCGCUAGUGAUUUGAGUGCAUAUGUACAAGACUCAAACGAUGUCUGUAAGGGACAAGCAUGGAACAAGCAGGAAGAGGAACAAUCCACAUCUGGUGCUUAUCUGACACAGGAACAACUAGGAAGAGGAAGUAUUGAAGGACUUACACUGGAUCGGGGAACUAGGAAGAGGAAGUAUUGA